GCCAACGCCGUGACGGCCUCGUUAUUCCUGUAGUGGCGGCGGCCUCCUUCACCUCUGCACUAUGUCCGGUAGCCUCCUAAAGGCCCUGCGCAGCGACUCCUACGUGGAGCUGAGCCAGUACCGAGACCAGCACUUCCGGGGUGAUAAUGAAGAACAGGAAAAAUUACUGAAAAAAAGCUGUACAUUGUAUGUUGGAAAUCUUUCAUUUUACACAACUGAAGAACAAAUCUAUGAACUCUUCAGUAAAAGUGGUGACAUAAAGAAAAUCAUUAUGGGCCUGGAUAAAAUGAAGAAAACAGCAUGUGGGUUCUGCUUUGUGGAAUACUAUUCAAGAGCAGAUGCAGAAAAUGCCAUGCGGUACAUAAAUGGAACUCGUCUGGAUGACCGAAUCAUUCGCACAGACUGGGACGCAGGCUUUAAGGAGGGCAGACAGUAUGGCCGUGGGCGAUCAGGGGGCCAGGUACGAGAUGAGUAUCGGCAGGAUUAUGAUGCUGGGAGAGGUGGCUAUGGAAAAUUGGCCCAAAACCAGUGAGUGGUGAGAGCCCCAUCAUGAAAACCCACUCCUUUGGUCUGCUGAAUUUGACAUGCAUUAUCCAAGUUCUGCAAACCUGCCUGUUUUUACCAAGCUUUGAUCAGUGUCUCUACUGAGUUGGAAGCCUCUUCAUUGUUUUCCUCUAUUAAAGGACAGAAUCCAGAAGAAUGCCUUUAAUUCUGUAGUCUUAGAAUCUUGACUUAUGUGUCAGGUUACCAGAAUUAUUUUGUUACCAGAUCAAAAAUUGUGUUCCUUGGCAACAGAUUAAAGUUGAUCUUCAUCAGCCAAACACACCACACUUCUUUAAGGAAGAGAGGAAACAAUUUUAAAUUUAUUUACCAUGUUUGUGUCUAAGUAGGUUCAUGGUCUGCAUUAACACCUGAAAUUAUUUGAGAAAUUUUAAGUUUACAUGAGAUAGAAAGUUUAAUACAUGGAGUGGUGUUAUGUUCUAUGGCUUUGGUCUAAAUUAGGAACAUGUGUGACAGCUUAAUGUUUUUUGUGUUGAAUUCUUAUUUCUAAAGGCAGAUUUAGGAGUCAAGGGAACUUUCUAAAUAGUUGAUGCAAAAGUAAGCCUUAGACAGUCCCCGGGGAUGCCACCUUUUGUGCUUUUGUGCUUUAUGUAUCAGGAAAUUAGGUACAAGACUUGAGAGUAUUUACUAAAUGCAUUUUUCAAAAGAUGUAUUUAAAGCUUAAAAAAAAAAAAAGCAAGGGCUUGUAGUAUUAGAGAACCUCAAACUCUACAGGGGGAGGGGGUUGGGGAACAGUAGGAAAUGGGACAAAAUACCAGGGGACAUAGUUAAAACAUGGCUGCUGUGAGGGCCAUCACAGUUAUUUUCAUUUUCAGAGUGAUCUUGGGAGUGGAGUGAGUUUAAAAA